UGAAAUCCGGAAGCUACCCCUGACCUGGAAGGAAGUUUUUCGGCAGCAGAACGACACAGAUUCAACAGAGGGACGAAAAGGCGGAAAACAGCGGUAUGGACUCUUCAGACAAAAGUCGAAGUCCCAGUCCUGUGCAGAAAGAACAAAGUGGGCCUUCAGAAGAUGAGUCCAGUCCUGCAGCUGAGAAACCCCAACAGGCUAACUCGGUAGAGAAAAGCCCCAAAGAGAAGUCGUCUCCUCAGGCCAGUCCUGGAGCCCGCUCCGCCUCCGGGAGCCCCGCCUCUGGGAGCCCCGCCUCCAGCAGCUCAGACGACGACAGCACCAGCAGCGAUGACGAUGAACAUAAUGGGGCAAUGAGGAGGAUCAGGAGCAGUGUGGCUCAGAUCAAACGAUCAAGAUCCAAGUCCAGGGAGCGAGACAGAUCUGGAUCCAGAGAGCGAGACAGAUCUGGGUCCAGGGAGCGGGACAGAUCUAGGUCCAGAGAGCGAGACAGAUCAAGAUCCAGAUCCAGGGAUCGAGACAGAUCAAGAUCCCGUGGACGAGACAGGUCCAGGUCAAGAGGACGAGACCGAUCCAGGUCCAGAGAGAGGGAUCGCGGGCGCUACGACAGAGGACGCUACGCUCGUGAUCGAUACGAUGAUCGAUACGAUGAUCGUCGUGACGACAGGGACGGGCGUUUUGACCGGCGGUACAAUCGCGAUGCAGAGUCAGAUUACAGACGACGAGGCCGCUCUGCCUCCCCGCCAACAGACAGGGAGCCUGCAGCCACAGAGGAGCCGCCGGUCAAGAAGAAGAAGGAGGAGAUUGACCCGAUCCUGACUAGGACGGGCGGAGCGUACAUCCCCCCCGCCAAGCUGCGCAUGAUGCAGCAGCAAAUCACUGACAAGACCAGUCUGGCCUAUCAGAGGAUGAGCUGGGAGGCCCUGAAGAAGUCAAUCAACGGUUUAAUCAACAAAGUCAACGUGUCGAACAUUGUCCACAUCAUCCAGGAGCUGCUGCAGGAGAACAUUGUCAGGGGGAGGGGUCUGCUGGCUCGCUCGGUGCUGCAGGCUCAGGCAGCGUCUCCCAUCUUUACUCACGUUUAUUCCGCCGUCGUCUCCAUCAUCAACUCCAAGUUCCCACAGAUCGGGGAGCUGAUCCUCAAACGGCUCAUCCUGGCAUUCAGGAGGAGCUACCGCCGCAACCUCAAGCAACAGUGCCUGACAGCCUCAAAGUUCGUGGCGCAUCUCAUCAAUCAGAAUGUGGCCCACGAGGUUCUGUGUCUGGAGAUGCUGACUCUGCUGCUGGAGCGUCCAACUGACGACAGCGUGGAGGUCUCUAUCGCCUUCCUGAAGGAGUGUGGACUCAAACUGACUGAAGUGUCUCCACGAGGAAUCAACGCCAUAUUUGAGCGUCUCAGGAACGUCCUCCACGAGUCGGCCAUUGAUAAGAGGGUCCAGUACAUGAUCGAGGUGAUGUUUGCCAUCAGGAAGGACGGUUUCAAAGACCACCCAGUGAUCCCAGAGGGCCUGGACCUGGUGGACGAGGAAGACCAGUUCACCCACAUGCUGCCGCUGGAAGACGAGUACAACACCGAGGACAUCCUCAAUGUGUUCAAGAUGGACCCAGAAUUCCUGGAGAAUGAGGAGAAAUACAAAACCAUCAAACGAGAGAUCCUGGACGAGGGCAGCAGCGACUCAGGAGAGGAGGGAGACGGCAGCGACGAGGAUGAAGAGGAGGAAGAAGAGAAUGCAGAGGAGGGAGGAGAUGAGAAAGUUACCAUCUUUGAUCAGACUGAAGUCAACCUGGUCGCUUUCAGAAGAACCAUCUACCUUGCUAUUCAAUCCAGUUUGGACUUUGAGGAGUGCGCGCACAAACUGAUCAAGAUGGACUUUCCUGACAGCCAGACGAAAGAGCUGUGUAACAUGAUCCUGGACUGCUGCGCUCAACAAAGGACCUACGAGAAGUUCUUCGGUCUGCUAGCCGGGAGGUUCUGCUUGCUGAAGAAGGAGUACAUGGAGAGUUUUGAGGGGAUUUUCGCGGAGCAGUACGACACAAUUCACAGACUAGAGACCAACAAACUGAGGAAUGUGGCUCGAUUGUUCGCUCACCUGCUCUACACCGACUCUGUGCCCUGGAGUGUGUUGGAGUGCAUCAGGAUGAGCGAGGAGACCACGACUUCGUCCAGCAGGAUCUUUGUGAAGAUCCUUUUCCAGGAGCUCUGUGCCUACAUGGGCCUCCCCAGACUCAACCAGAGGCUGAAAGACCCGACUCUGCAGUCGUUCUUUGAAGGUCUCUUUCCUCGUGAUAACCCCAGAAACACUCGCUUCGCCAUCAACUUCUUCACCUCUAUCGGACUGGGAGGACUUACGGACGAGUUGAGGGAACAUUUGAAGAAUGCUCCAAAGAUGAUCAUGACUCAGAAUCAGGAGGUGGAGUCCUCCGACUCCUCCUCGUCCUCUUCGUCCUCCUCUUCCUCGUCUGACUCCUCCUCCUCAGACUCCUCCAGCGAAUCAGAUUCCUCAGACUCCUCCAGUAGUAGCAGCAGCAGCUCAGACUCAGACAGCAACCACAGGAAGAAGAAGAAGAGAAAAGAACAAAGUGAGGAGAAAAAGAAGAAGAAGAAAGUGGUGGACAAGAAGAAAAAGAAGGACAAACAGUCCGACAAGAAGCGAGCCGGACGCAAAAACGUCGACGAGGACGAUGACAGUGAUGAGGAGAAGCAGACGAGAACGGACAGGAAAGGCCGUGCACGUGAGGAAGAGGAGCGAGAGCGUGCACGUGAUGGCGCCCGCCGCAAUAGACGAGACGAAAGAGGAGGAGGAGGAGGAGGAGGAGGAGAAGAAGAAGAGGAGCGAGAGCGUGCACGUGAUGGAGCCCGCCGCAAUAGACGAGACGAAAGAGGAGGAGGAGGAGAAGAAGAAGAGGAGCGAGAGCGUGCACGUGAUGGCGCCCGCCGCAAUAGACGAGACGAAAGAGGAGGAGGAGAAGAAGAAGAGGAGCGGGUGGAGGAGGAAAGGAGGCGAAAAAUGGACGUUCAAAGCCGACAGAGAGACGGAGAGCGGGAGAGAGACUGGGGGAGGGAGAGAGAGGGGGAGAGAGCGAGGGAGAGAGAGACUGAGGAUAAGAGAGAGAGGGAGAGGGAGCGAGAGAAGCCGAGGGAGAGGGAGCGAGAGAGGAAUAAAGAGAACAGAGACAGAAACAGAGAGAGGGAGGGGAGGAGGAGGUGAAGCAGCAGUGAUGGACCGAUGACUGACAUCUUUACCUCGUCCUGUCACUCUUUGGGAUUUGGGACCCGUCUCUCUCUCUCUCUCUUCUCUCCUCUCUCCAUCUCUCCGCCUGUCUCUCCGUCUCAAUCUCUCCGUCUGUUUGUAUUUUCUAUCUUUGAUUUUUGUUGUUAAUGAAAUGUGAAAACAAAAACAUUAAAGUUCCUUUAGAUGUUUUUUAAUCUG